AUUCCAAACUUCGAACUGCUUGUAAGUGAUUGUAAGCCCUAAAAAAUUCGCGUAUUAGCACAUUAAAAAGUAUUACUGCUCUCAAGAGGAAACAUUUAGAAAAAAAAAAAAGAUAGAAAUCGCCAAGUGUAAGAGAGGAAAAUUACAGAAUAGUAAAACAGUUCGUUUUCACGUUAAUGAUUUAGGUUAGGAAUUCAUAGCACAGGUCAGAGUAGUUUUAUUUCACGUUACACAAAAAAAUGGCAGAGAAUUUCGGAAGGGAAACCUCACCGAUUUAUAACGAGGAGACAAAGACUGCGGGACAACCGUUGUCAGAUUUCUUGAUGCAAUUGGAGGAUUAUACACCUACGGUACCUGAUGCCAUCACUGAACAUUACUUGCACACGGCUGGUUUCAACGCUAUAGAUCCUAGGAUAGUACGCCUGGUGUCAUUAGCAGCACAAAAGUUUAUCUCGGAAAUUGCCAAUGAUGCGCUGCAGCACUGUAAAACACGUGGUGCCAAUCAGAAUACAAAAACAAAAGGAAAAGAUCGACGUUAUACUCUGACUAUGGAAGAUCUGACACCAGCAGUUGCGGAAUAUGGCAUAAUAGUGAAGAAACCACAUUAUUUCGUUUAAUUGCAAAAACUGUGUAAUUUUGGAUGUGUUUACUUUACAUCACAUCAGUAUGAUUAAUAAUAGGUAAUUGUAUUUUCGUGCAAGUUUUUUAUCAGGAAUCAAUAUCAGCGUACAUAUAAAAAAAAAAUAUAUUGUCAAAAAAGGAA